ACUUGGGACCCCCACCCCACUCAGCACCCUCCACUUCUGUGGCCCCCCAGGCAGGUGGUAAGGGGGUGGUCCCAGCGUCUGCAGAAGCGCGUUCUCCAUCAGCUCUGUCUUAGGCAGGGUUCCAAAGGUGGCGUGUUCUGGAGACACUCGCUCCCAUCCUGCCCAGGUGCUCCCCUCUGUCAUCUGCGUAGUAUUGCACGCUCCAUUUCUGGCACUCUGCCCCUUGAGUUUUGUCUGUGUCUGCUUCCUUCUGUACAACCGUUCCCGCUGGCUCCUGGCACACCCUGGCUGCCUGUACCAUGGACGAGAAGCCCAGUGCUUUGCUUACUCCCUGUCUUUCCAGCCCUGCUCUUCAGCUCAUUGCUGCUUCUGGUGUCAGCUGAACUUGCUAAGACACCCAAACCAAGCUCACUGGUCACCCAGCUGUCUGGGGACUUUCUCCCUCUUACUUUCCCUGUCGUCCCACCCACCCCCCCCAGUGUCUGUGCAUGCAAAUCCCAGGGGUAGUGGGGGACAUUUGCCUGGUACCCGCCUCCUACUUCCUGUCCCGAUGGGGGUGUGGGGGUGACUUGGGAGGGCUGGGCGCACACAAGGACAGCCAUCAGACUGCAGAGCUGUGGUGGGUGAUCACAGCUGCCACCACCUCCCCUGCGGGCCCCACAACCACUUUGAGACUCAGGUGGCUGAGGGCAGCCCUGACAUGCCCCUGUGUCUCUCUCCUGCCAGGCUGGAUGGCCCACACUUGAGCUGCUUGUACCCAGAAAGUGUCUUCUGCGACCUGGACAACUGCAAGCCCUUCAGUUACCCAGAUUCCGAUGGGGGCCCUGACUCCACAUGGGGUUGGACAGAGGCCCCGCCUGCCCCCACCAUCACCCCCUAUGAAGUCUUCGACCCCGCUACGGCUGCCUUUGCCCACUCCCAGGCUGUCCAGCUCUGUUACGGUCAUGGCCUCGGUCCCUCUACCUACAGCCCCGUGGGGACCCUCGACCCAGCCCCCAGCUUGGAGGCUCCGGGGCCUGGUCUCCAGGUGUACCCCUCAGAGGACUUCGUUAGCCAGACGCUGGGCCCCUUGGCUAAUGCUCCGUACCCCAGCCCUGUGCUGUCGGAGGAAGAAGACAUUCUGCUGGACAGCCCUGCCCUGGAGGUCUCGGACAGUGAGUCAGACGAGGCCCUCUUGGCUGGCUCCGAGGGGAGGGGAUCCGAGGCAGGUGCGCGCAAGAAGCUGCGUCUGUACCAGUUCCUGCUGGGGCUGCUGCUGCGCGGGGACAUGCGCGAGUGCGUGUGGUGGGUGGAGCCGGGCGCCGGUGUCUUCCAGUUCUCCUCCAAGCACAAGGAGCUGCUGGCUCGCCGCUGGGGCCAGCAGAAGGGCAACCGCAAGCGCAUGACGUACCAGAAGCUGGCGCGUGCGCUGCGAAACUACGCCAAGACGGGCGAGAUCCGCAAGGUCAAACGCAAGCUCACCUACCAGUUCGACAGCGCGCUGCUGCCGGCCACACGGCGCGCCUGAGCGCCCCGCUAGGACCCCUUUCUGGCCCCCAGGCCCCAGUACCCAUGGAGCCCCGCGUGGGGGCGGUAGGCUGCCAGGGUCCUCAGCUCUCAGCAGGGCCUUCUCAGAGUCCCUCCUGCCGUGUACGGGGUUCCCCCAGGAUGGUCGUGUUUGAGGGGGAUGUCUCAUGACCCACUGGUCCUUCUGUGUGCCCUAGAAUGGCAGGUUUCUCUGUGUGGCCCCUGGUGGUGUUUGCUGUUCGGUUCCCGGAAGGAAUCCACAUUGGUAAUUCUUGCCA